UCCCCACUCCAGUCAGCUAACUUCACCCAAACUCUGACCUCUUCCUCUAUUUAACUCUAGCCCCAAACAGCCCAGAAACAAAGUUGGGGCAGCAUGAGCCGAUCACCUCCCCGUCCCAUCCCACUUUUAUCUGUGGGCUCUCAGGAUGCCCUGACUCCCUUACCAUCUCUGCUACCUCCUCUCCAAGCCCAGACUUCCUCCUCCCACUCCUGGGCUUCCCGGUGUGGGCCUCCCACCUGGGCUCUCCGCUGUCUCCUAGCUCUGCAGCACUUCCUGGUCUUGGCAUCUUUGCUCUGUGCCUCCCACCUGCUCCUGCUUCACAGUUUCCCCCAAGGAGGACUCAGUUACUCACCUGCUCAGCUCCUGGCCUCCAGCUUCUUUUCAUGCGGUUUGUCUACAGUCCUGCAAAGUUGGAUGGGCAGCAGGCUGCCUGUCGUCCAGGCUCCAUCCUUAGAGUUCCUUAUCCCUGCUCUGGUGCUGACCAGCCAGAAUCUACCUCUGGCCAACGAGACACGUGGGAAUGCCUCCCUCUCACUCCGCCUGUGUAAACUGGCUGGCUGCCGUGGCCUAGAGCUCUGGAACACUUCUCUCCGAGAGGUGUCCGGGGCAGUGGUGGCAUCCGGGCUGCUGCAGGGCACGUUGGGACUGCUGGGGGUGCCUGGCCGUGUGUUUCACUACUGUGGGCCACUGGUGCUAGCUCCCGGCCUGGUUGUGGCCGGGCUCUCUGCCCACAGGGAGGUCGCCCAGUUCUGCUCUGCUCACUGGGGGCUGGCCUUGCUACUUAUCCUGCUCAUGGUGAUCUGUUCUCAACACCUGGGUUCCUGUCAGGUACCCCUGCGUCCCUGGAGACCAGCUUCAGCCUCUUCAAGUCACUCUCACAUCCCUGCCUUCCGGCUUCUCUCUGUACUGACCCCUGUGGCCUGUAUAUGGCUCACUUCUGCCCUCCUGGGUCUCAGUGUUACACCCCAGCAGCUGCCUGCCCCCUCUGAGGCACCAUGGUUUUGGCUGCCUCACCCAGGUGAGUGGGACUGGCCCUUGUUGACACCCAGAGCCCUGGCUGCAGGCAUCAGCAUGGCCUUGGCAGCCUCCAUCAGCUCCCUGGGCUGCUAUGCCCUGUGUGGUCAGCUGCUGCAUUUGCCUCCACCGCCAGCACAUGCCUGCAGUCGAGGGCUGAGCCUGGAGGGGCUGUGCAGUGUGCUGGCUGGGCUGCUGGGGAGCCCCAUGGGCACGGCAUCCAGUUUCCCUAAUGUAGGCACUAUUAGUCUUUUCCAGGCUGGAUCACGGCGAGUGGCAUACUUAGUGGGGUUGCUCUGCAUGGGGGUUGGGCUCUCCCCAAGGCUGGCUCAGCUCCUCACCACCAUCCCAUUGCCUGUGGUUGGUGGGGUGUUGGGAGUGACCCAGGCUGUGGUUCUGUCUGCUGGAUUCUCAAGCUUCCACCUGGCUGACAUUGACUCUGGGCGGAAUGUCUUCAUCGUGGGCUUCUCCAUUUUCAUGGCCCUUCUGCUGCCAAGGUGGCUUCGGGAAGCCCCCGUCCUGCUCAACACAGGCUGGAGCCCUUUGGAUGUGUUUCUGCGUUCCCUGUUGGCAGAGCCCAUCUUCCUAGCUGGACUCUUAGGCUUCCUCCUAGAGAACACUAUUUCUGGUACUCAGCUUGAACGAGGCCUAAGUCAAGAGACCCCAACUUCUUUUGCUGCCAAAAAACCUCGAAUGCCUCAGAAGUCCAGGAAGAAGGCUGCUCAAGAGUAUGGGCUUCCUUUGCCUAUCCAAAUGCUGUGUUCCUGCAUCCCACAGCCCCAACGUUGCCUCUGCCCGGUGCCUGAAGACUCUGGCGAUGUGGAAGGAGGGCACUCUAAGGCAGGAGAGACAGAAGACUUGUUGUCUGGCUCUAGGGAAGCACGCCCUGCAUCCAGCAGAGAAGGUCCCGGCAAUUACUAGGACUCUCUAUUUCUAUCCUUAUCAGCACUAACUCCCAUCUUGCUGGAGAGUCAGUUGUAAUUUGUACUUUCUCCUAGGGAGAGGGUGUGUGUGUGCACGUGCCCGUGUGUAGCAUGGGCCUACCUGCAUGUCCCAUUUACUAAUGGGAUAGGUUGUCUUUCUUUCUAUAUCUUCCUUCCUUCCUUCCUUCCCUUUUUUUCCCCCUCUCUUUUUCUUUUAACAAAUGGGUGCACCAGGGCCUCCAGCAAAUGAACUCUAGAUGCAUGCGCCACCUUGUGCAUCUGGCUUACAUGGGUCCCAGGGAAUCGAACUUAGGUCCUUUGGCUUUACAGGCAAAUGCCUUAACUGCUAAGCCAUCUCUCUAGCCCAGGUUGUCUUUUCUUGUCCUUAACUAGGCCUAGCUGCUCAGAGCAGGGUCCAUUGUUAGUGGGCCAUGAAUAAAUAAAUGAGAUUUUUGCUGUGAA